UCCGUCCGUCUGAGUCCUGGUCCAGCCCUUCCUUUGGUCCCUCACAAUCCACUCCGGAACCGUCCUUCGUUUUGUACCAGAUAACCCACAAAAUCACAUUGCAUUGUCAACAUGGACCACGCCCCAGUCGCGUUCGAGCUCGGCGUCGACGCCGAACGGAUGAGAAUGACCUCCUUCAGUUUUGGCAAGCCUCAGUCGCCUUCAGACGCUACGGCCCCCAAGCCCACCCGCCAUUCCCGCUCUCACUCUCGCAACAGCUCCGUAUCAACACCUAUGCCUCUUGCCACACCAGCACCCUCCCACGCCUCUCUAUCGUCCAUCAGCGAUUCGCCACCUCAUUCACCAACAAGGACCUCAAUCGGUGGCUCAAAGCGUAACUCGCACCAUCGGCGACGCUCGUCGGUCUCUACGCGCCGUGAAUCCGCAGAUAUGAUGGGCGUCUCCCUGCCUACUCUCCCCCAGUCCAUCUCAGAGGACAACAUCAACCUUGGGGACAAAGACUCCGUUCGGCGCCGUGCCCUGUGGGCGCUGGAGGGGAAGCCAGAUGCUGGACACUUUUCGGUGGAGAUACCUGAAUUGGAUGCGCCUGAGGUGCCCAAGCGAAGCUUUGAUUUUCCUUCUAAGCCUUCGUUCCCGCCUGGUGUGGGAGCUGGUUUUGGCGGGGGACUGAACACCCUUAUGGGAAGUAAGCGUGACUCUAAGUUCAUGGCUUCCUCUCCUUCGAGCGAACUGCUCGGGACCUUGGUCGAGGAGGAAGAAGAGGAGGAGGAGGAAGGCGAAGAUGUGCAGGAGAUUUCCUCUAGCCCCGUGCAGGAAUCGCCCAUCGCUUCCCAGGUCGCAUUCUCGGUGACCUCACCUUCCCCAGCUCCGGCCCGCCAUCGGCCUGCGAGUCUCAACCUUCGCCCCUUGUCGCUUGCUUUGAGCACUUCCGUGCAAGCGUCGAACGGUGACCUCCCGACGCCGUCGCCUACCCCCAGCCCUCGCCCCGGUCUGAAGUCUUUGACUCUCCCCUCUGUGCAGAGCCUGUCUGGUCUUAGCAGCAACACCGCGGUCAACAAGCGGCAGUCACUCAUCAUGUCAUCGCCAGACCCGACCUCUAACAGCUUCGGUCGGCGCCCUUCGCUCAAUCUUUCCAUGGACACCAGUGCUCCCGUCGCUCCUCAGCCAAGCCGUCGGAGCAGCAUUGGCUACGUGUCGUCCGGUGAUGCUCAACCCAUGUCCUUGUACGGCCUCCCGACUCCGGAGAUGACCCCUACGACCAGCGCGAUCGACCGUCGGCGGUCUACGUCUACUUCCAGCACCAGCAGCUUUGACAUGGACCACCUCCGUGGCCGUCCCCUCUCCACUUCCGAGCAGCAUUUUUUAUUCCAGGCUCACCAGACGCUCGUCCAGCGCAUCACCGAUCUCGAACGCGCUCUUAAGCGCUCUGUUCCCCGGUCGCGCCCCGUCUCGUGUGCCUCGGACGUUUCGUCGUCGUCGACGGCUCUGUCGGAGCCCUCUGACGAAAUGCUGCAGCUCAUCGCCGAUCUCAAGGCGGAGCGGGACGAACUCAAGAGAGACGUCGAUGGCUGGCGCAACCGCGUCGCGGACUUGGAGCACCAAUCCGACGUCCACGCCAAGCGACUGGAGAUUGAACGCCGUGAUGCUUGGGUCGCCCGUCAGCGCUAUGGACUGCUCGAGGUUGAAAAGUCUGCUCUCGAGAAGACUCUUUCGGAGAAGACUGCGCUGGCCGAGGAGACCCAGGCGCAGUACGACGCUGCCCAGCUUGACCUUCAAAAGUCUCAGAACGAGGUCGCUCGGUUGACCACUGAGGUUCAGCGCAUGCGUGAGGUGGAAGAUGAGUGCGCGCGGCUCCGGGAGGAAGUCCUUCAAGAGAGGAGGCAACGCGAGGAGAUGGAGCGUGAGCUCGAGCACGCCGGCCUCCUCGAUACCCCCCGCCCCUUCAGUGCUGCAGUCCCCACCACCGUCUCACGCACGAUGAUGUACGCCAAGAGCCGCGGCCUCGGCUUCCGCUCCAUCGACUCGGAGAGUUCAUUCACCGACGUCGACUCCGUGGACGACAACCGCGGCCCGGAGCUGAAGGCCGUUGAGGAGGUCGACGAGGAUGACGAUAACGAGAGCUUGUAUGAUGACGAUGAUAACGAACUGGCAGGGUAUGAGGAUGAAGACGAGAACGACGAGUACGCGUUCCCCACGACCUCGUCGUACGGCUCUGUCGCGGACUACUCCCGCAGCACCACGCCCCGGCUCUCUGGGGAUUCGACUGGCUCUGCGCCUGCUCUGGUCAACAGCCGAUCGCCUUCCGCGUCGCCCUCUCCGCUCCCCUCUCCCUCGGAGCCGACGCACGCGCGUCACGCUACCUUGUCCCGGGCGUGGUCCUUCCCUAAGGGUCCCGCCGCCGUUGCCAUUCACCGCCAGCCCGAGGAGGUUGACCAUUUCUUCGGGUGCUUGGAGGACGUCGACAACUCGCCCCCUUUAGACUCCAAGCUGCGCUCUGUCGAGAGUGGCAAGAAUCUCUUCGCGCAGGCUUUGGUCGACUUCGAGGACGACCUGCCGCCGUUUGUCAUCCCUGCGGAUGUGGGCGAGGUUGUCGUCUCUCCCGAGAUUCCGGCACCUCAGCACGUCCUCGACGUGGUCGUCGAAGAGGAGGAAGAGGAGGAAGAAGAAGAAGAAGAGUCACAGGAUGACAGCCGUGAUUGCGAUGGCAUUGCAGAUGAGGAGUUCGUCGGCGAGGAGGACGAGGGCGGGAUCAAGUUCGUUUUUGGCCCGCCUCCCUCCGAAUACUGCGCAGAGGCCGACACGAGCACUCCCGACCUCACCAUGUCGGCCACGCCCGAGUCAGUGAACAAGUCUGGCAAUUUCUUCGAGCCCUUCGACGAAGAUGAUGCCGAGUCCAGCUUCACGUUCCCUCAAUCCAAGUCUCAACGUAGCAGUCCCCUUCCCUCGGCUAUUCCCCGUCUGAGGUCGCCAUCUCCCUCUAAGUCAUCGCUUCCUACCCCUUCGACCUCGACCUCCACACCCGCCAAGAUCUCCCCACCCCCUCUUCCUCGUCUCAUCACCUCGCCCUCCAUCUUCUCAACCCCACCCCCCAAGCGGGCAUCGACCAUCCCCACGUUCAUACCCCAGCCUCGUGCCUCCGCCCCUCAGACUCCCUCUCCUCCUUCCCUCGGCAAGGUCGCGUCGUUCAUUCCGCAGCCGAAGCGCGCCGCCUCGUCCCCACGGCCGAGCGCCAUCCCUGUCAUGUCCCCUCCCACUUCCAGUAGGCUUCCGUCCCGCGCCUCGUUUGCGAGUCCCCUCGCCCCCUCACAUCCCGCCCUCCUGUCCCGGCUCCAGCUAUGAAGACGCCCACUAUUCCUUCCCCUCCCACCUCUAUCUUCGCCGCCGACUCGUCGAAACCCUCGGAGUCCCAAGUUUCUUCCUCUGCCCCGACCUCGCCGUCGCUCAUAUCCCCUACGCUUGCGCGACUGUCGUUCCAGGCGCUCACGAACUUCAUACCCGUCCCGUCGCUGCUGUGGUCCCCUCGCUCAGGAGGCGGAUGCUUCGACGCCAGUGGGAGCGACUCGAGCAUGUCCAGCUCUGGGUCUGCAAGCCAUGUGCGCAGCGACUCUUCGUUCGUGAAUGCGACUGCGACUGCCGUUGCGAAGCCCCAGGUGCCGCGGGAGCGCACGUUUGUCCCGAAGGAAAAGCAGCUUGAGAAACUCCGAGUUCGACUCGAGGAGGAGCGGAAGCAAGGUAGCCAAGGUGCCGUCACCGGCCUUGGCUUCCAAAUGAGGAGAACGGCGUCAGGGGUCUUGAAUAUCUAAGUUAUUGGUGUGUCAUUCCAUCGUCACAUACAUGCCGUUCACGUCCAUCUCAUCUCACGGACAUGUCGCUUUGUCUGCUGUUUUCCAUAUCCCUGUUACAUAUCAUGCCCCUCCCCUCCACCCCAUGGACUGAACGCUCCAUGACCCUCUCCUCCCCCUCCCCUCCCCCGGCACUACGGACCACCCUUGUAUUCCCCUCCGAUAUCCCCCCCUGUGCUUCUGCCCCUCCACCCCCGCCUUUGCGUUCAGUUCCCCUUCCCCCCUCUCCACGACGUCCGAGAGCCUGCGGCUCCCGAGGCUCUCUCUCUUGCCCUCCCGAUGUGUGCCCCGCACGGGUUGCGGCCGGGCCGUGUACGACUACCCUCUUUAUUGUUGCGCGUCUCCCUCCCCCACCUGCAUCUUCGUUUGUUCGAUACACCGAUACACAUGGUCGAUGAAGUAGCCCUACCACUGCCACUGCUGCCGUCCCACCGCGCACGCC